CUUUUAGUUACUAAAAAUAAUUAAUAUUCAAUUAUUCCCUCUCCGGUCUCCACCCUUCUUUUCAAAGCUCUCUCACGCCGGAUCGCUGAACCACUACACAGACAUACACACACAGCAGUUUCCUUCUGCAUCUUCUCAAAACCCUAGAAUUCAUCAAUGGCGAGAAGAGCAUCACCACUCCUAAAACGACUCCUCCAAUCUUCUUCCGACAAUCAAGUCCACCUAGGGUUGCCUUCAAGGUUCGACCCUACCCGAUCCGUCACCUACAUGCCCCGACCCGGUGACGGCUCUCCUCGCCAGGUCACCCUCAUCCCCGGCGAUGGCAUCGGCCCUCUCGUCACUGGCGCCGUCGUCCAGGUCAUGGAGGCGAUGCACGCUCCGGUGUACUUUGAGAGGUACGAGGUCCACGGCGACAUGAAGAAAGUCCCUCAGGAAGUACUCGAUUCGAUCAAGAAGAACAAGGUGUGUCUUAAAGGAGGUUUGAUCACUCCUGUUGGUGGAGGUGUGAGCUCGUUGAAUGUUCAGCUCAGGAAGGAGCUCGAUCUCUAUGCUUCGCUCGUGCAUUGCUUCAAUUUGCCUGGACUGCCGACGAGGCACGAAAACGUUGAUAUCGUCGUGAUUCGGGAGAAUACCGAAGGGGAGUAUUCGGGCCUCGAGCACGAAGUCGUUCCCGGCGUCGUGGAAAGUCUCAAGGUGAUUACAAAGUUUUGCUCAGAACGCAUUGCGCAAUAUGCUUUCGAGUAUGCGUACUUAAACAACAGAAAGAAAGUCACUGCUGUGCAUAAAGCAAACAUCAUGAAGCUUGCAGAUGGUCUAUUCUUGGAAUCUUGUCGGGAGGUCGCAAUUAAAUAUCCAGGAAUCAAGUACAAUGAAAUUAUCGUGGACAACUGCUGCAUGCAACUUGUUUCAAAGCCUGAGCAAUUUGAUGUCAUGGUGACACCUAAUCUUUAUGGCAAUCUUGUUGCAAAUACUGCUGCUGGUAUUGCUGGCGGCACAGGAGUCAUGCCAGGAGGAAAUGUUGGGGCUGAUCAUGCUGUUUUUGAGCAAGGUGCUUCAGCGGGAAAUGUGGGAAAUAUGAAAGUACUGGAGCAGAAGAAAGCAAAUCCAGUGGCCUUGCUUCUCUCGUCAGCCAUGAUGCUGAGACAUCUCCAAUUUCCAUCAUUUGCUGAUCGAUUAGAAACUGCUGUGAAGCGGGUUAUAUCAGAGGGCAAGCACCGGACAAAAGACCUUGGAGGCAGUAGCACCACACAAGAGGUGGUUGAUGCAGUCAUAGCAGCUUUAGGCUGAUUGAGAAGAUAAUCCUCCAUAACUGUUUACCGGACGUGGGGUUCGUACAUGCUUGUUUUUCUCAAUUAAUAUUUCACUUGCAUUAGUUGCUAGGCUUUCUUACACUAUUAAUCACUUAUUAUUAUUAUUAUUUUUGGUUUGAAUAAUCUCAAUUCAAGUUAAAUAAUAAUGCUUUGCUAAUUCAAACAAGGACCUAUCAAUGGGUCAAAUUUUGUGAUA